AUGGCCCGCGCCGGGAGCCUCGCCACGGUCCUUCUGGGGCUGUGCAUCACCGGUGGCGCCGUGCGCAACUCCCGGGAAGAAGAGGUGGCGGCUCUGGAUGUUCGCCCGAUUGCCAAGGCUUCGUGGUCCCGAGACCUCGAGCCUGGGUUGCGUGAGGCGGCUCCUGUCGAGGCGGGCACUGCUUUUCUGGAAGGCGGCUCAGCCGCAUACUCUCACUGCGAUGGACUUCCGCGCAAUGGCAGCCACGUCAUUAACGAGACGCGCUUCUUCAGCACCAGUUGCACCUGGCAUGGGCAGCCAGGGCUGCAGGUGACCCUCAAGGAGCCGCUGACCUUCCAAGGCAACUUGGUCUUGACGGGUGAGAUACAGAUCAUGGGGGAGCAGGAGCUGGACGGACCCUGUAUCAAUGUGAGCGGGAAGAUGACGGUGAUUGCCGCGAACGCCAGCUUCGUGGGCUGCAGAAACAGAAUGCAGGAUGGAAAAGGAGGAGCUCUGGCCAUCCAGCAAAACUUCAUCGCCAGCAACAGCAGCGUCAAGUUCGAGAACUGCAGAGCAUCAGGAGGCGGCGGCCUCUACGCUGUCGGCAGCUUUUCCCAAGAAGCCGAAAGCACGGUGACUUUCGAGAGCUGCACGGCCUCUAGUGGCAGCGGUGGCGGUGCUCACGUGAAAGAAAGCUUCACACAGGGGCCCCGCAGCUCCGCCAUCUUCCACAGCUGCAGUGCGAAAUACGAAGGUGGCCUCUACCUCGAUGAGGGCAGCUUCUCCCAAAAAGCCGGAAGCACAGUGACCUUCGAGAACUGCACGGCUUCUCGUGACGGCGGCGGUGCUUUUCUGAAAGAGAACUUCGCGCAGGGCCCCAACAGCGCCGCUAUCUUCCGGAGCUGCAAUGCGGGAAAAUAUGGAGGCGGCCUCAGAACUUACGGCAGCUUCUCCCAAGAAGCAGAAAGCACCGCGGCCUUCGAGAACUGCACGGCCUCUGAUGGCGACGGCGGCGGUGCACGUGUGGAGAAGACCUUCGCGCAGGGCCGCAACAGCUCCGCCAUCUUCCGCAGCUGCAGUGCGAAAUUCAAUGGAGGCGGCUUCUUUACCCAGGGCAGCUACGAGCAGGGAAGCGGCAGUGCGGUGCUCUUCGAGCACUGCUCGGCAAAAAGUGGCAGCGGCGGCGGUGCUCACGUGAAUGAAAAAUUCGAGCAGGGCCCCAACAGCGCCGCUAUCUUCCGGAGCUGCAAUGCGGGAAAAUAUGGAGGCGAGGGAGGCGGCCUCUUCACUCGCGGCAUCUUCUCCCAAGAAGCAGAAAGCACGGUGACCUUCGAGAACUGCACGGCCUCCUCUGGUUCCGGCGGCGGUGCGUUCGUGCAGAGAAACUUCACACAGGGACCCCACAGCUCCACCACCUUCCGCAGCUGCAGUGCGGCAGCAGACCAUGGAGGCGGCCUCUUCACUUACGGCAUCUUCUCCCAAGACGCAGAAAGCACGGUGACCUUCGAGAACUGCACGGCUUCUCGUGGCGGCGGUGCUCGCGUGCAGAAAAGCUUCACACAGGGACCCAGCAGCUCCACCAUCUUCCGCAGCUGCAGUGCGGCAACACAUGGAGGUGGCCUCUACCUCUAUCAAGGCAGCUUUUCCCAAGAAGCAGAAAGCACGGUGACCUUCGAGAACUGCACGGCUUCUCGUGGCAACGGCGGAGGUGCUGACGUGGAAGAAAACUUCACGCAGGGACCCAACAGCUCCACCACCUUCCGCAGCUGCAGUGCGAAUUUCGAUGGAGGCGGCCUCUCCCUCAAUGGCAGCUUUUUCCAAGAAGCAGAAAGCACGGUUACCUUCGAGAACUGCACGUCUGGUGGCGCCGGCGGAGGUGCUCGCGUGAAAGAAAACUUUGUACAAGGACCCAGCAGCCCCACCAUCUUCCGCAGCUGCAGUGCGGCAGACGAUGGAGGCGGCCUCUCUGCCCAAGGCUACGAACAGAGAGCCGGGAGUUCCGUGCUCUUCGAGCACUGCUCCGCAGAUCGGGACGGAGGCGGUGUUGCAACAAAAGACCUCGACGGCAAUGGCUCCAUGCGCUUCAAGGCAUGCCGGGCACGUGCAGGUGGCGGCCUGAGUAUCACCACGGGCGGCACAGUACGUCACGGCGGUUCGCUCGCUUUCGAGGUGUGCAAUGCCGGCAGCAUCGGCGGUGGGCUUUACAUAGAUGCCGGCCAAGGACAGUUUAGAAAGCUGCUUCUUGAUCGCUGCAAUGCUGACGUGUCUGCUGCCGCCUUCGCUGCAAUUGCAGCCAAUGGGACAGAAGCGGAAGUGCUAAUCGAGGAGCUCACACUGUCGAGGGGCAGCGAAGCCAAUGUCAACGACAUCGCAGUCUCAGGCCUGUUGAAGCUCGGCUCCGCUCACCUAAGUACGGAGUCCGGCUCCGGCAGCUACAUCUCAGCGCAUAACCUUUCUCUCGACGACGUAAUGAAUUGCACGAGCACCUCCACUUGCGCGUUCUCUGCGACCGCCGCCAGAAGUGCCACCUUCCUUUGCCCUUUGGGCACAGGGUCGGUGGAUUUCGAAGAGUUGCGUGAUUUCGGCUGCUUGGCAUGCAGGCCAGGGGACACGCAGGUUCUGAACAUGACGAAAAGGCCGUGCAGUCGGUGCCCCGAAGGGGCUUCCAAGUGCCUGGCCAGCGAGCUGAAGAUGCAGCCCGGGCUCAUGGUGAAAUUAGAGGACGUCAACCGCAGCUUCCACUGUCCCAACGAGGCUGCCUGCCCUGGGGGCGAUGUAUCACACGGAAGGGUGCACGUGGCAAUGUGUGCAGAUGGCUACCGGGGCCAAGGCUGCACGAGCUGCAGCGAUCAGCAUGCCAUCGCGGACAGCAGUGUGUUCUCGUGCACUGCCUGCAGCAAAGACCGUCGUGUGCAGGCCUUGCAGUGGAUCACGUUCCUGUCUCAGCGCUCCUUCCUCUUCGCACUCGGAGCUCUGAGCGCCCUUGGAGCCAAGAAGGCUGGGGACCUGAAGCAAAGCAGCAUCUACCUGAACCAGCUGAUGGCCUUUGCCACCAUCUCCAACACGAUCCUCGCUGCCGUGUUGCAGACCCAGACAGCGAAGGACAUCAAAAGCGAAGCUGCGAACUUCUUCUUCAACGCGGCUGCGCACACGGCCGAGGCAGCUUCCGGACAAGGAUCUUUACGCAGCGCCUCCUCGCAGUGUCUCUUGUCCUACGUCGGCUUCGAGAAGACCUUAUGGGGCGCUCACCUGCUGGAUGUCGUUGUUGCAGCCGCUCUCAUAUCAUCGCUGUCCUUGAUGAAGGAUUCUCGUGUUGCGCUCAUCGCAGGCAUGAACUGCUUCCUGCCCACAAUAGCUGCCGACUUCGGGAAGUAUCUGGUGUGCUACCGCCUGCGGCGGGACGAGGGCCUCCAGUGCCCCUUCCUUCUUGGGAGUGCCGGGCUCGCCGUGGCGACGCAGGUGGUGGGGGGCUUCAUUCUGUUUAUGGUCGCCGCUCUUUGGACAUGGCUCAGCCUUUCCAGAUCCGACGAGGAUCCUAAACCCAGCCACGUGGUCUUCCUGACCAGCAAGUACCAGCGCAGAUACUCGCUCUUCGAGACGGAGCGCUUGAUCAGGAAGACGCUCUUCACGUUCAUCGGCGCCUUGCUGCCCAUCGACUCCUCCCCAGCGUUGCAGAUGGGCUGCCUAGGCAUUGUGGUUUCGGUGUCGCUGUUUCUGUACUGCCGCUACAAGCCUUACCACUCGCCGGAGUGGAACUGGAUCGAAAUCUGGUUGCUCUUCGCUGCGACGGUGAUGAUCACGAGUGUGUCCACUUUGCUUGCAAAUGAGUUCCACUGGGGGCACUCGGUGCCCACUCAGCAGUCGAUCAUCUUCGCCACUGCAGGCAUUGCGGCGGUGGCAAGCUGCUUGGUGAAGCAGCGAAGGUUGGUGCCCCCUUUUUUGCCAUAA